AUGAUGCAUUUCAAAAGUGGACUCGAAUUAACUGAGUUGCAAAACAUGACAGUGCCCGAGGAUGAUAACAUUAGCAAUGAUUCCAAUGAUUUCACGGAAGUAGAAAAUGGUCAGAUAAAUAGCAAGUUUAUUUCUGAUCGUGAAAGUAGAAGAAGUCUCACAAACAGCCAUUUGGAAAAAAAGAAAUGUGAUGAAUAUAUUCCAGGAACAACCUCCUUAGGCAUGUCUGUUUUUAACCUCAGCAACGCCAUUAUGGGCAGUGGGAUUUUGGGACUCGCCUUUGCCCUCGCAAACACGGGAAUCUUACUUUUUCUGAUACUUUUGACUUCAGUGACAUUGCUAUCUAUUUAUUCAAUAAAUCUUCUCUUGAUCUGUUCAAAGGAAACAGGCUGUAUGGUUUAUGAAAAACUUGGGGAACAAGUCUUUGGCACUACAGGAAAGCUGGUAAUCUUUGGAGCCACCUCUCUACAGAAUACUGGAGCAAUGCUGAGCUACCUCUUCAUAGUAAAAAAUGAACUACCCUCAGCCAUAAAGUUUCUAAUGGGAAAGGAAGAGACAUUUUGGGACUGGUAUGUUGAUGGCCGCGUUCUGGUGGUAAUAGUCACCUUUGGCAUAAUUCUCCCUCUGUGUCUCUUGAAGAAUUUAGGAUAUCUUGGUUACACUAGUGGAUUUUCCUUGAGCUGUAUGGUUUUUUUCCUAAUAGUGGUUAUCUAUAAGAAAUUUAAACUUCCUUGCAUUGUUCCAGAGCUAAAUUCAACAUUAAUUAAUAAUUCAACAAAUGCUGACAUGUGUACGCCAAAAUAUGUUACCUUCAAUUCAAAGUUAGAAGCCCUUGAAGGAGUCUUGGGAGAAAUGAUCUCUUGUAGCGUUUUCAUGCUCUCAGUGACUAUUAUCCCCAGCUUUGGUCAAAACGUGCAUUCAGACCUCCUUCACAAGUACCAGAGUAAAGAUGACAUCCUCAUCCUGACCGUGCGGCUGGCUGUCAUAGUCGCUGUCAUCCUCACAGUACCAGUGUUAUUUUUCACAGUUCGUUCAUCUUUAUUUGAACUGGCUAAGAAAACAAAGUUUAAUUUAUGUCGUCACAUCUUGGUCACCUUCAUACUCUUGGUUAUUAUCAACUUGUUGGUCAUCUUCAUACCCUCCAUGAAGGAUAUUUUUGGAGUUGUAGGAGUAACAUCUGCUAAUAUGCUUAUUUUCAUUCUUCCUUCAUCUCUGUACUUAAAAAUUACAAACCAGGAUGGAGAUAAAGGAACUCAAAGAGUUUGGGCUGCCCUCUUCUUGGGGCUGGGGGUGUUGUUUUCACUGGUGAGCAUUCCCUUGGUCAUCUACGACUGGGCCUGCUCAUCGAGUAGUGAUGAAGGCCGCUGA